AUGGCGACUCCUUGGCCAAUGAGAAAAAAGAGGUGCUCCGCCUGCCUUGCUAGAUGGUCGGCGUCCUCCUUGAUGCUCCUAUGGUUGCCGUGGGUGUUGCUAUGGCUGCCGUGGACCGCACAAGCUGAACAAGUGGGCGGGGUGAGCGGUGGGAAGGUACUCCACGGUUCCCUUUCGUCCUCCUCAUCUUCUUCCUCGUCCAGCUCCUCAGCAUGGGGCUUCAACACGAGGCAGAGCGGGGGGCAGCUGGACUGGCUGCUGUCGGAGAAGGGACCUUUCCACAGAUGUCCGGAGUACAUGGAGUUCAGAGAGAGAUUCCAGCAGGGAUUUUCUACCAGAUACAAGAUUUACAGGGAGUUCAGCCACUGGAAGGUGAACAGCCUGGCAACAGAGAAGAGAGAUUUCCUCAGAUCUCCGCUGCCUUUAGCGCCGGAGUUCCUGCGCAACCUGCGGUUACUGGGGCGACGGCCGACCCUGCAGCAAAUCAACGAGAACCUCAUCAAGAAGUACGGGACCCACUUCCUCGUCUCUGCUACCCUGGGAGGAGAGGAGUCUUUGACCAUUUUCCUGGACAAGCAGAAGCUGAACAAGAAGUCUGAGGGUAGCAGCAACAGCUCGGUGGUGUCUCUGGAGCUGCUCCAUCAGCUGGCCGCUUCCUACUUCACGGAUCGAGAGAGCACCCUGAGGCGACUGCACCACCUCCAGAUUGCCACCGCUGCCAUCAAGGUAACCGAGACAAGGACGGGCCCUCUCGGCUGCAGUAACUAUGACAGCUUGGAUUCAGUUAGCUCGGUGUUGGUGCACAGCCCGGAAAAUAAGAUCCACCUAAAGGGCUUGCAAGAUGUCCUGCCAGAGUUCCUGCGGGGGCGCUUUGUGGAGGCGGCCCUCAGCUAUGUGGCGUGCAACUCGGAGGGCGAGCUGCUCUGCCGCAACAACGACUGCUGGUGCCGGUGCUCGCCCCGCUUCCCAGAGUGCAACUGUCCCUUCGCUGACAUCAAGGUCAUGGAGCGGAACCUGGAGAAGAGCAGAGACGCCUGGGACAGCUCCAACCAAGAGUUCAUGGAAUCAGAUGAAUUCAAAGGCCUGCUUAAGCGCUUGCCCGCCGACCGGUUCUUGAACGUGUCCACGAUCGCCAAUUUCUGGUCGGCCGACUUGUCCCUCCAGAAGCGCUACGCCCAGCUGGAGUCCAACAACGCCCUGGUCGUGGGCAAAGCCCAGAAGGUCGUCAGGAAACUGUUCACCCUGAGCAAGCGCUGCCCCAAACAUCCUCGCAUCAGUCUGCCGAGAGAGAGGCCCGUUGGGUUCUGGCUGAGCAGGGCUCAAUCUCUGCUCUACUGCAAUGAGCACGGUGUGCAGGGCUCCUUCUCCGAGGAGGUGAAGAGCUGCAGCUGCCCUGCGGAGCAGCCCACCUGCCAGGGAGCCGUUCCCUGCGUGGUGGGCACCUCUUCCACCUCCUGCUCCUCCUGCGCCGCCGACAACGUCACCCGCUGCGGAGCCUGUCAUCAUGGCAACCUUCUCCAUCUCGGCUCCUGCCGGCCGAGCAUCGCCGCAUCCCUGGAUCACUACUUGAACUUUGACUUGGACAUGCCGGAUGCUGAGGUGAAGUACCUGCUUCAGCGACUGGACAGCAGAAUCGAGGUGCACGCCAUUUACAUCAGCAACGACGUCCGCCUGGGGAGUUGGUUCAACCCCGCCUGGAGGAAGAGAAUGUUGCUGACGCUCAAGAGUAACAAAAAUAAGUCCAACCUCAUCCACAUGCUGAUGGGCAUUUCUUUCCAGAUAUGCCUGACAAAGAACUCAACACUGGAGCCUGUGCCUGCGAUUUAUGUCAAUCCUUUUGGGGGAAGUCACUCAGAGAGCUGGUUCAUGCCAGUGAACCAGCCCGACUUCCCCGACUGGGAGAGAACUCGACUGGACGCCGUCGUCACGGCGCAGUGUUACAACUGGACACUGACCAUGGGCAACACGUGGAAGUCCUUCUUUGAAACGGUGCACAUCUACCUGCGAAGCCGCAUACUCACAGACGAUCCAACGGUGAACGAAACUCUCUUUUAUGAACCGCUGGACCUGGACGACCAGACGUCCAACCUCGGGUACAUGAAGAUCAACACCCUCAAAGUGUUCGGCUACAGCCUGCACUUUGACCCCGAGGGCAUCAAGGAUCUCAUCCUUCAACUGGACUACCCUUACACGCAGGGUACGCAGGACGCCGCCUUUCUGAUGUUGCUAGAGAUGAGGGACCGGGUCAACCGGCUGUCCCCGCCAGCGCCACAGCCCCUGGACCUGUUCUCGUGUCUGUUGCGCCACCGGCUCAAGCUGUCCGCCGGAGAGGUGGCACGCAUCAAGGACUCUCUGCAGCUCUUCAACUCCAAGCUUCCCAAUGCCUCUCCUGAACCUGAGCUUGCUCAGCUGUGCAGCUAG